AUGGUAGCAUUGGGAGAAAGUGAACACAGGCUUCCCGACUCUGCUUCUGCUAUAACGCUGCAAGAAGCAGUAAUCGGCCAGGCAACUACUGGAGGCUUGUACGCCGCCAUUAGGAGAAACUCGAGUGAUAGUCUUGAGACACGAUGGCUUCCGGACUCAAAAUGUCCGGAUGGCAUCUUCUGUCUGCUCUCUUCGGCUGAAUCUAUGUUCCGAGUCCGAAGACAAGCUGAUGGUGCUGGAGAAGAUUUUAACUUUGGCGGAGCUGAUGAGGAUGAAACUGAUCCCCCAACUGAACCUAGUAUUAAAGGUCCGGGGCCCUACCAGGGCCAGAUUUUACAAGGACCUCGUGGCCCACCGGGGGAGAUUGGUCCAGUAGGUCAACAGGGUCCAGCAGGACCCCAAGGUCCAAUUGGUCCACAAGGUCCACCCGGUCCCCCUGGUAAUGAUGGUGCCCGGGGACCACGCGGUCCACCCGGUGAACCCGGUAGCGAUGGAACCAAUGGUGCUGAUGGUGAACAAGGACCCUCUGGGCCUCCCGGACCUAUGGGUCCACCUGGUCCCAUGGGUAUCAUUGGUGCUACUGGUAUCCAGGGUCCCCCUGGUGCACCUGGUCCAAAGGGUGAUAAGGGAUCGCCUGGUGCUGAUGGUUCCAUGGGUGAACGUGGUCCAAUAGGUCCAAGAGGUCCGGCCGGUCCACCAGGCCCCCGAGGUCUUACUGGUCUCCCUGGUGCUCAAGGCCCAAUUGGUCCAGUUGGUUUGCAGGGCGCUGAUGGAACUAUGGGGCAAAUAGGUCCCCCAGGCAUCCGUGGUCCACCUGGUGCAGCUGGUAUGACUGGCCCAAUGGGCCUCAAGGGUGAUGCUGGAGACACCGGUCCUCAAGGACCUAUGGGUGAAUCUGGUGAAGCUGGUGCUGACGGUGCUCCUGGUGCCCCUGGAGUAGCCGGUGAAAUGGGUCCUCCUGGUAAAGACGGUGCCGUGGGAGCCAGAGGAGAACAGGGACCUGUUGGUCCGGUCGGUCCGCCAGGUCCAGCUGGUCCUCGUGGUCCUCCUGGCCGCGCCGGUUUCCCAGGUAGUCAAGGUCACCGAGGUGACCAGGGCCCACCCGGACCUCAAGGUCCUUCUGGUCCUCCUGGUCCAGCUGGUAGUUCUGGGGAUGCCGGUGAACGUGGUCGCGUUGGUCGCCCUGGUGACGCUGGUAAACAAGGUCUUCGUGGUCCCCCAGGACCUACUGGUGAAAGGGGGGAUAUUGGUGCUCCCGGUGCCCCUGGUAUGCCUGGUACUCCAGGUAUUGACGGCCCCCCUGGACAACCUGGUGCAGCCGGCAAGGAUGGUGAACCCGGUCCAAUGGGUGCUCGUGGACCCCCUGGUCCUGCUGGCUCACCUGGAAAACCAGGAGAAGCCGGUCCUCGUGGUUAUCCAGGAUCUCCUGGUCGCGAUGGUGCCUCUGGUCCUCGUGGUGAUGUUGGAGAACGCGGUCCAGAUGGGAAACCCGGAGAAGAAGGAUCCCCUGGGCCUGAUGGUCUUACUGGUCAACAAGGUCCCACUGGUCCUUCUGGUCCUUCUGGUCCUCGUGGUGAGCGUGGUCCGACAGGAGAGGCUGGAGAGGCCGGAGCCAAGGGUGAGAAGGGUAGCCGAGGACCCGCAGGCCCUCGUGGUAACCGCGGAAAGGUCGGCCAAGCUGGCCCUGAAGGUCCCACAGGUGCUGAUGGUGAGGCAGGUCCUGAAGGUCCACCUGGGCCAGCAGGUAGCGCUGGACCUCCAGGUCCCGUAGGUCCUCCUGGAAACAAGGGUCCCGCUGGACGCGACGGUCAGGCAGGUGAGAGUGGUAAUGUCGGACCCCCGGGUCCACCUGGUCCCUCUGGUCCACCUGGUGCUCAGGGCGAACGUGGUGAGGUCGGACCUCAAGGAUAUCCUGGUCAGCCUGGAACCAAAGGUCCUCGCGGAAAAAUGGGACCUCCUGGUAGCAACGGGCCUGCUGGACCUCCUGGUGCCCCUGGUGCCCGUGGUAUGCCAGGACCUCGUGGUCGAAAGGGACCCGCUGGUAAUCCCGGUAAGGAAGGUCCUCCAGGUCGCGAUGGUAAAACUGGUCCAGCUGGUAUUCAAGGUGAAGAGGGUCCGCAAGGGGCUACAGUAGUUCAAACCUACGGACAUACUCGCACUGGUCCCUCUGGUCCAAAGGGUGACAUGGGUUAUAGCGGUGCCCCCGGUCCUGCUGGUCAAGUUGGUCCUCCUGGCGACACCGGUCCUCAAGGUCCACCUGGAGCAAACGGUGAAGAUGGUCCACCAGGUCCGGAAGGUCCUCGUGGACGCGACGGUAUGGACGGAGCUCCUGGUCGUCCAGGUAAGCGUGGUGCUCCCGGACCACGUGGGGCUGACGGUCUCCCUGGUCCUGAUGGUCCACCUGGUGAUGAUGGACCAAUGGGUCCCCGUGGACAAGAUGGUGCGAUGGGUGCAUCCGGUGAGCGCGGUCCUCCUGGUGCUGACGGUGCACCUGGCGAAGACGGUCCCAAAGGCCCAACUGGUCCCGCUGGUCCUAUCGGUUUCCGUGGACCUGCUGGCAGCUCUGGAAAGGAUGGAGCUAAAGGCCCCACUGGUGAUGUUGGUCCUGAUGGUCCUAAAGGAUCCUCUGGUCCUUCCGGUCCCGUUGGAAACGACGGUCCCCCUGGUGCUCAGGGCGUUCAGGGACAACCUGGCCGUACAGGCCCACAAGGACGUCAGGGCCCUGCUGGAAAGGCUGGAGCUCAAGGCAAGCCCGGUAUCAAAGGAAAACAGGGAAAUGAAGGUCCACAAGGACCCUCUGGUCCUCAGGGACCUCCUGGACCCGCAGGUGAAGUUGGUGAACCCGGUUUGACUGGAGAAGUUGGUCCCCAAGGUGUUCAGGGUCCUCCUGGUGAGCGCGGUCCACAAGGUCCGGAAGGUGAUGCAGGUGAAACUGGUCCUGAUGGUGCUCAGGGUGCCACUGGUCCAAUGGGUCCAACUGGUCCAGUUGGAGACCGUGGUGAACCCGGUGAAGACGGUCCAGAUGGUAAACCAGGCAAACCUGGAGAACAAGGUCCACGCGGGUAUCCCGGUCGUGCUGGAAUGAAUGGACUUCCUGGUAGAGCUGGUAAACCAGGACCUAUCGGUCAUAAGGGCUGGAUGGGUCCUCCUGGCGAUCCUGGACCGAAAGGUCAACGAGGUAGCAAGGGGCCUACUGGACCUAGAGGUCAUCAAGGUCCAUCUGGUCUUCCUGGAGAACAGGGUCCACAAGGCCUUGAAGGGCCAAUGGGAGAGAUGGGUUACCAAGGAGAACAAGGUCCAUCUGGUUUGCCCGGUCCACCAGGUCGUGAUGGUCCUCAAGGUCCUUCCGGUCCAAUUGGUAAUCAGGGUCCACCUGGUCCCCCUGGUCCACCUGCUGUUACAUAUGACAUGGCUUUCAACGACGAUGCUGCUCAGGCUCAAUUCAUUGGUACUGACAGCAUUGACAAGCCUGACGGCUCACGUAAGCUCCCAGCUAGAACAUGUAAGCAUCUUGCUCAUGUGAACCCUCAUUUACCUGACGGUUACUACUGGAUUGACCCUAAUGCCGGUAGCAUUAAGGACGCCAUUGAGGUCUACUGUCACAUUCAGACUGGUGAGACCUGUGUAAAGCCCAAGACUGAUGAUUUCGAAACUAAAUCAUAUCAAGAUGUUAGUGCAGGUGAAGAGCAUUGGUUCCAUGAUCUCCAGGGCAGUAAAUUGUUCGAUUAUAACGUUCCCGGAGAUCAACUAUCCUUCUUGAAGCUACUUAGCUCUAAGGCCAAGCAGAAUGUGACUGUGGUAUGCCGUCAGUCAUCCCAGGAUGAGGCUCGGCUUAUGUCUGACAAUGACCAGUACUUUUCACGCAACGGUGAACUUUUCCGUUACAAUGUUCUGCGUGAUGAAUGCCAGCACCUGAAGGAUAGCUACGGCAAUACAGUUUUGGAAGUAGUGAGUAGACCGCAACGACUACCAGUGCGCGAUAUCUCCUUCCGUGAUGUUGGUGGUGCCACUAAGGAAGUCGGAGUACGAUUGAGUCCAGUAUGCUAUGCCUAG